AUGACCGAAACUGCACCAAAAGUAUUAGAAGGAAUCAACCUCAGCAAGAAGGGUGGUGCUUCAUUCACUGAAAAGUUGGAUGCUGAAGCCUUGAAAUUCUUCAAUGAAGUCGCUUCAACUCCAUUCUCACAACAAGCUGUCGCUUUCUUGAAUGCCUACUGGGUCGAAGUCAACUCUGAGAAGGAGUUCAUCUACUCUGUUGCCUGGGAAACCAUGAAAUACGCUGAUAUGCACUCAAAGGGUGUUCAAUUGGUCUACAAGUAUGACGAGGGUAACGAUUUGGACUUUGACAUUGGUCUCUACUUCUAUGAGCAACUCUGCAAGUUCUGCGAAGACCCAAAGAACUCCCAAUACCAACAAUAUGCCCGUUCGCUCCCAACUAUGUUGACUGCCUUGAAGAGAAAGCAAGAGUUGCGUGACAAAGUCGACGUUAACUUUGACGGUCGUAUCUCCUUCUUGGAGUAUUUGUUGUACCAAUACCAAGAUGUUGCCAAUCCAGCUGAUUUCUGUACCCGUUCUAUGGGUCAUGAUGAACACCCAGAGAUCAAGAAGGCUCGUUUGGCACUCGAAGAAGUCAACAAGCGUAUCCGUGCCUACGAAGAAGAGAAGGCCCGUCUCACAGCCGAAGCCGAGUCCGGUACCGGUGUCAAGGCUUUGGGUGCCAAGAACAUGUUGGCUCAAAUCGAUGCCUCACCAUUGAAGGAAGAGUUGAACAAGGCUUUGAUUACCGCCGAAGCUGCCGUCCGUAUUGCCUGUAAGAAGUAUGGUGGUCAAGCUUUCGUCCCAGGUGCCAAGGGUCAACACUCUGCUGAGGGUGCCUUGUGGUGGAUGCAAAAGGACUUGGAAGAGAAGAAGAAGAGAUAUGGACCAUCAAAGGCCAAUGUAAUUGAAUGGAUUAUAACCAUAAAAAGCAAAAUAACAACAACCAACAACAAUAACAACAAUAACAAGAGUAAACCCACAACACCACCACCACCUCACCUAACCUGA